AUGAGUUGUUUUGCUCACUUUUUCAAGAGGAAAAGGGGGCCACAACAACAAGACAAUCCAUCUAACGAUUAUUUCACUGGUUCUGAGAUUAUAACAAGAUACAGCUACAGGGAACUGGUUAGAGCCACAUCAAAUUUUGACCAAAGCAAUAAGAUUGGUGAGGGGGGUUAUGGACCUGUCUACAAGGGAACACUCAAGGAUGGAACAGCUAUUGCCGUAAAGGUUCUGUCUUUACAUUCUAGACAAGGUGCAAAGGAGUUUCUUAAUGAGCUUCUUGCAAUCUCUGAUGUAGCACAUGAGAACCUUGUCAAACUCUAUGGGUGCUGUGUAGAAGGGAACCACAGGAUCCUUGUCUACAAUUAUCUUGAAAAUAAUAGUCUUGCACAUAUCCUUCUAGGUUCGGGACAUAGCAGCAUCCAGUUCAACUGGAGAACUCGGGUAAAUAUCUGCAUUGGUGUUGCCCAAGGAUUAGCUUUCCUCCAUGACAGUGUCCGCCCCCACAUUGUUCACCGCGACAUCAAGGCAAGCAAUAUACUUCUCGAUAAGGAUCUCACACCAAAAAUAUCUGAUUUUGGUCUGGCAAAGCUUCUACCUCCGGAUGUAUCACAUGUUAGCACAAGAGUCGCAGGGACCCUAGGUUACUUGGCUCCUGAAUAUGCAAUUCGAGGACAAGUUACGCGGAAGGCAGAUGUCUACAGCUUUGGCGUUCUGCUUAUCGAAAUUGUGAGUGGAAGAUGCAACACUGAUACGAAAUUGCCCUACGAUGACCAGAUUCUCCUUGAGAAGACAUGGAGAUAUUACGACCGGGGGGAUCUGGAGAAGAUCAUAGACAGCUCCCUCGGCGAUGACCUCGACGUCAAUGAAGCCUGCAGGUUUCUGAAGGUUGGGCUCCUCUGCACCCAAGACACGAAACGGCGGCCAGGGAUGUCUACGGUGGUCGCCAUGCUGAAAGGCGAGGCCGACCUGGGCACGGAGGUGAUCAGUAAGCCCGACGUGAUCAGGGAUUUUGGAGACCUGAAGAUGAGGAGCAGGGCCACGUCGUCGACAUUGCUGACCUCCAUCAUGGCGCGGUCAUCCCAGCUGUCGUCUGAGGAGACAACGCGCACCUCCAUCACCUUCACCGAGAUAUCGGAGCGCGACUGA